UCUAAACCUUGUUUCUGGGUCUAUCCACCUUUUCUCAAACAACCUCAAUCCCACAUAGAAAACCCAAAUGGAGUUCUGCGGCCAACCAGUGGUUCUCAUCACCGGCUGCUCCCAAGGAGGCAUCGGCCACGCCUUCGCCGACGAGGGCUGCCUGGUGGUUGCCACAACCAGGUCUCUGAACUCCAUGGCCGAUUUAGAGGACGACCCAAGAAUCUUCCUUCAAGAAUUGGACGUGGUUUCCGAAGAGAGCGUGAACCAAGUAGUGUCCACGGUGGUGGAGACGUACGGCCAAAUCGACGUUAUAGUGAACAGCGGAGUUCAGUGCGUGGGUCCACUCGCCGUCCCACUCUCUGCUCUGCAACACACGGUUGAUACCAACGUUUAUGGUUCCAUGAGGUUGAUACAAGCUGUUGUACCUCACAUGGCAUCAAGGAGAAAAGGGAAGAUUGUAAAUGUUGGAAGUGCUACUACUUUGUCGCCUGGACCAUGGUAUACAGCAUCAAAAGCUGCUCUUCAAGCACUUGGUGAUUCUUUAAGAUUGGAACUCAAGCCCUUUGGGAUCGAUGUAAUCACUGUUGUACCAGGAGCUAUUAGGUCAAACAUUGGAAAUUCUGGUUUAGCUGGCUACAACAAGAUGCCUGAAGGGAAAUUAUACAAACCUUCUGAGGCUUCAAUCCGUGCUAGACCGACUCAGUCACAAGGACCCAUAUCAACCCCUUCGGAGGAGUUUGCUAAGAAGACGGUAUCUGCCACUCUGAAGAAGAAUCCACCAGUUUGGUUCUCUUUUGGUCACCUCUCUAACAUUUUUGCAAUCUUGUAUCACAUGCCCAUCCUUGUUCAGGAUAUUGUCCUGAGGAAAGCAAAGAAACUUUGAGUUCUAACUUGGGUUUUAUAUCUUGGAUUAUCAUUAUCAAGGAAGCAUCAUUUGUCAAUUGACUAAGUGUAAAGUUAAAAAAACAAACCAAGUUUUAUGUAU